UUUUGAUAAACUAUGUUCGAUGUGAAAUCCAAAAAUAAUAUUAAAAAGCUUACUUAUGAAGAAAGAUUAGUUCUUAACAAAACCUAUGUGGUGACAUUAUAUAUAUAUUCUUUCAAUCAAUAAUUCCCGUUGUCAAGCAUCCUUGUCCUUUAAUUCUAUCAUUUACCAUCAGCUGAUCAAGGUCACACUAAUCACAUCAUACUUCAUCACCAUGAUGAUGGUCAUCAUCAACUUAUUAAUUGCUAUAUAUUUUCCAACAAACCUAUCUCAACCACACACACAUAUAUAUGUAUGUAUAUGCUGUAAUAAAGUAACUCACCUUUCACAUGCAAUAAAUAUUGUUACUAUUAUUACUACCCUUAUAUCCACAACUUCUCGUGUUCAAAACACAUCAGUUGAAUUUCUGUGCUAAUAACAUAUAUACCAUAAGAGAGAUCAUUUUUCCAAACACAGUACCUGAAAUUUUUCCAAAACCAUGGAGGUGAGAGCCGAUCAGUAUUCCAACGAUGACAAUCAUAAUUUCCGAGACGCCUCGUUUUCUUAUCUGAGGGAAGAGAACUUAAAUCAAAAAAGUAUGAAGAACAAGAAUAGCAGCGAUCAUCACCAAGAAGAAGGCGAAAUCUGCGUGUUUGGCGCCGAAAGAUACUUCAAUACAGCACUCGAAGACACUAAAACUAGUAAUAGAAUCAAUAAAAAUAAUAAUCAUCUCAAUACCAUAAACCGUCGAUCAUCAUCAAUUACGAUGCAGAACGACAUGGAUCAUAAUACUCAAUACGGCGGUGGGGAAAGAUCAUUAGCUCCAGGAACUCCGAGUGCUUAUUCUGAGGCCAGUACUUGGACUAGUAGAUCAACAGCUUUCUUAUUAAGAAACUCAUCUCGUCAUCAACAUAACAGCAACAGUGAGAAGAAGAAGAAGAAGAUCAGAACGAAUGGGUAUAGAAAGAGCAUUUUCGCUACUUUUGGCUGCAGUGGAUCUUGUUCGGAUGAGAAAUCAGUUUAUGUCGAUCGUCAACAUCAUGAUCAUCAUGAGCUGAACAAAAAUAUGCGAGAAUUAGUACUGACAGCCCAAUCAGAUCACCAUGAUCACGAUCACGAUCAUGAAAAUAGUACUGCUCGUGCUCCUGCUACUGCUACUGCUGUUGUGGAAAGAUCAUCGAAAAGAUCAGAAGAUCAAUUUGCUUUUCCAAUUCUGAGUAAUAAAGAAAAUAAUAGCAAUAAUAAUGUGAUCAAUAAUAUUGAUCAGCCAGAAGACCCAAAUCGGUUGUCGUUGGAGGUGUUCGGAUCAAAAACGACAACUUCAAAAGGAGGAGAUCGGGAUGAUAUUGAUGACGUGGCAACAAACCUUGAGAGAAAGCUCUCCGUCCUAACAUGGGACGCAAUUCCAGUAAAACCAGGUAACCACCAUCACCACCACCACCACCACCAACAUAACAAGCACAUUUCCUCAGUCUACAAAAUUGAAGACAGCAGUUAUAAUUUGGACAGUGAUGCCAGCUCAGAUCUCUUCGAGAUCGAGAACAUAACCGCCGCAACCCGAUCUCCGGAGCUUCUACAGCCACCGGCGCAGGCGACGUCGUCUGUACUAGUGUUGAAGCCAGCUAGUAGACAAGUGCUGUUAGGGAAAAACGACAACAUGUCUCUGCAUAUGACACCUAAUUACAACAGCGACCAAUACUAUUCCAGUUAUGAACCUAGCGAGGCCAGCAUUGAUUGGAGCGUCGUUACGGCUAGCGCGGCUGCAGCCGAUCAAAUGAUGAGCUCAGCCGUUUUUGGCUACGACGAAAAGAAACUCACCGCCUCCUCGUCGAUGAAUACUAGUCGAGCCACCGCUGGACGUGGCGGUGUGAAGUAUUAUAAAGCCGCUAGAAGGAGCGGUAGUGGCGGCGGCGGCGGCUUCAAGGGAGGCAGAAGCCGUCAGAAUAAUGGUAUUUUGGGGUGUAAGAGUCACAAGGCGGUGAGAGUUGCUGAAACUGUGCACACAAAUGAUAGUAGAAGUAAUUAAUUAAGGAUAUCAAAUCAAGGUAAUUUCAUUAGUCGUACGGUUUAUUAAUAUAGUCCUUGUCGAGCUAUAUUAUACAUUAGUUAAUGUUAUUAGCAGUUUUUCAUGUAUAAUUUUGAGCUACAUAAAUUAGUAUUUUAGUUAAGCUGAAACAAUUAUAUGUAUAUAUAUUGGUAUGGUUUGAUUCAAUUCAUUCAUGAUAAAUAU